AACCACGCCUUUUAAAAUGGCGGAUCAGACCGAAAUUCUUGUAGAGCUCUUAUCUACUGCUUCUAAAGGAGUCGACACAUCUCAAGUCACUCAACUGCUAGAGAAUGGUGCUGAUCCUUUAAUAGGACAACCUCUUUGUCCACUGCAGAUAGCAAUCAAGAGAAGCAUGGCUACUCUCAUUAAGAUCUUGCUUCCUUUCUGCUCCCCCCAGGCUCUGUCUGAUAGAGCUCCAUCUCUACUUCUCUAUGCCAUCAAUCACAAUAACUCCAUUGACACUAUACAACUCCUCCUAGACUCUAUAAAUGGAGUAGACUCUUUAAACACACUAACUAAUGGUACUACACCAUUAAUCAGUGCUUUAUUAAAAGGGCGGUUGCCAAUCGCCUCUUACCUACUUGAUAAAGGAGCAGAUCCUAAUUUUAGCGAUGCAAAUGGAACUUUCCCUGUACAUGUUGCAGUCAAGCAUGGCAAUAUGGACUUACUAGAGGAAUUGUCCUCAUUUGGUGCUAGUUUUGAUGUACAAGAUGGACUAGGAUAUACCCCAUUACACUAUGUUACUCACUGCACAAUAGCUGAAUAUCUCACCCUACACAAAGGAGUUGAUCCCUUCAUUAAGAACAAUAGAGGAGAGACUGCUUUGGUCUUAGCAAGAAGAAGAGGUGAUGAGAGCCUGUCUUCAUCACUAGCAGACAUUGAGAGUAACUGGAACUUGUUGAGUCAUGCCUCCAGAAGCAAGAGACAUUGGCUACUCUGGUAUUUAAGCGACACUUUUAAAAGACUUGGAUUUAAAAUAUCAUUAAUUGUUAUAAUAAUAUGUAUUAUCAUGGCAUGGACAUUAAGUGUGUACAUACAUGGAGGGAGACAUCCCUUUCAAUGAUAUUAUAUAUAUAUAGAAGAGACAAAGCAGAAAUACUAUUCAUUGCUAUCAUUAGAAAUUACAUUUAUAUUAUCAAUGUUUAUUCAAGAAUGAAA